AGAAUUCAGUGGACACGGCGAAGGUGAUUCCUGUCCGCAGAAAUUCAGAAUUUUAUUUUGCAGACGUCGAGGAAGAGGAGGCGGAAGACCUUGCGGUAUUCUGAAAGAAGGGAGGCGGAAUAAAGAGCCUUCGGGGACUGAGUGUGUCAACGGAACCUUAGGAGGCCGGGUUGGACGCCGUGUGGGAAGGAAGAGGAGAUGCGCCUGCUGGCACUUCGGACUGGGAAGUUAAAGGCGACCCACGCUGGCUUUUAGGAGUCCAAGUGGUAUAUGCCCAGCCUUCAAUGAAAGCCAACAGAGAAACAAAGCGCCUUUUUGUGGGAGGCCUUGGUGAGGCCAUUUCUAAAACAGACUUACAAAAUCAGUUCAGCAGAUUUGGAGAUGUUUCAGAUGUGGAAAUCAUUACUCGGAAAGAUGAACAAGGAAACGCACAGAAAGUCUUUGCAUAUAUUAACAUCAGUAUAGCAGAAGCAGACCUCAAAAAAUGUAUGUCUAUGUUAAAUAAAACAAAAUGGAAAGGUGGAACACUACAAAUUCAGCUAGCAAAAGAAAGUUUUUUACACAGAUUGGCCCAAGAGAGAGAGGAAGCUAAAGCAAGGAGAGGCAAGGCAGACACCACCCUGUCAGAAAAGGCGGGGGGAGCACCUUUCCAUAUGAGAGCAGUGCCUGGAACGGAAGUGCCAGGACAUAAGAAUUGGGUUGUAAGUAAGUUUGGAAGAGUCUUACCUGUUCUUCACCUGAAGAAUCAACAUAAACGUAAAAUUAUGAAAUAUGAUCCAUCAAAAUACUGCCACAACCUAAAGGAGAUAGGGGAGGAUUUUCCAAAUACUGUUCCCAUAGCUAGUCUCACUUGGGAAUUGGAAGGAGGCAAUGAUCCUAUGAGUAAGAAACGUCGAGGGGAGUUCUCUGACUUUCAUGGCCCUCCCAAGAAGAUCAUAAAAGUGCAAAAGGGCGUAGAUUCUGCUGAGUCGAAGGGUUCUAAUCCAAAUUCAAGGACUAGUAGUGUAAUGAAGAAUAACACAUUGACCCAGCAACAGGCUGCACAAAAAACAGCAUGUGAUUCCGUUACUCCUAAAUCACUCAUACCCCAUUCCAUUUCUCAGAAACUGAAAAAUCUACUUUUCCAGACUUCUGGCUUUGAAUCUGUGUGGAAGAGAAAUAGCAUGUCUGAUGAUGACCUUGAUUCUGAAGAUGAAUUAAGAAUGAUGAUUUCAGAAGAGGAAAACUUACAGAGAACUGGACAUUCCUCAGUAAAUGAAUCUGAAAAUGACCCCUUUGAAGUUGUAAGGGAUAAUUUCAAAUCAGAUAUUCACAAACAUCAUACUUUAACACAAUUAGGCACCAGUAAUAUCUCCUCUUAUGUUAGCAACAAUAUAGGAAAUGACUCUGAGUAUGACUCAGGCGAUACAGAUGAAAUUAUUGCAAUGAAAAAACACUUUGGUAAUGUCAAGAACUGUGCAGAAUUGUCACAAACAGAAAAGUCUAUAAACAAGAAAACUUCUUUGAAAAAGAAAGAGCUUUCUAAUAAUUGUGCCAAAGUACAAAAAACAAAAACCAACACAGAAUCAGUCCUCAGUCGUGGAGUAAAAUCUCCGAGUCGUCAGUCUCCGUCUGACUCCAGCACUAGUGACGGUGAGGAGUCGGAAGGAGAUGAAGAGUACAAAGCCAUGGUGAAAAACUGUCCUCGGGUCACUCUUACUCUAGCUGACUUGGAACAGUUGGCCUGCAGUGACCAGGAGAUGCCAGGAAAAGAUACUGAGAUUGAUGGUCUGCAAACCCCCGAGCCCUGUGAGCUUGACAGAACCUCCAAAACCCCCAAGACACCUCGUGGCCGAAAGUGCAUUUGUCCAGAGGAGAUUGUGGCUUCCCUUUUAGAGGAAGAGAACGGUUAUGAGAACUCAAAAUCAAAGGAAAACAACUUAAAGCCAAAAUUUCAGGCAUUCAAGGGACUAGGCUGUCUCUAUGGAAAGGAAUCCGUGGAAGAACCUUUGAAAGAGACAGUUGCUUUUAAUAAUAUUAAUGGGCAUCAGAGUUCAUUGACACAUGCCAGGCCCAGUAGCAUUUCUGUAGAAAAUGGAUCCCCAUGUGCUGAUGGCUCAAGCAAACUGACUUCAUGCCAACCUGCAAAGAAGGUGAACAGCCCAGACCACCUUCAGCGGCACAAAAAGCAGGACUGUAAGUUAGAGUCCUCUAGCUGCUCUGCAAAGGGAAGCAAAGAUUCUGCUUUGUGUCUGUUGCCAUUAAAGAGUAAAAAAUCCCUAAGUAUUAGUGCAGAGACUCCCAGAAUAGACUUUGACAAAGAUACUACAAUUAGAGACACUUCGGAGGAAGAGAAGACUGACUCCAGCAGCCCCACACCUGCUGAGAUACCACCAAAGGUCUGUCCUAGGAAAGACGUUCAGAAAAGCACAGAUGAUUUCUCACCUUCUAUUAGAAAUGCGUCAGAUGUGAAUGCUAAAGAUAAGCAUGCUAAAGACAAUCAGAAGCGUUUGGCAGCCUUGGAAGCGAGGCAGAAAGCCAGAGAAAUGCGGAAGAAGCUGGUACAUGAAGCACUGGCAAAUUUGGAUGGUCAUCCAGAGGACAAGCCAACGCACAUUGUCUUCGCUUCUGAUGGUGAGAGUGACUCAGAGGACACAUCUACUCAAGAGCAAAGCUGUCCAGGAGAAGAGCUAGUAAAACAGGAGUCCAUGGCAAAGACAUCUGGGAAGCUGUUUGACAGCAGUGAGGAUGAGGAAUCUGGUUCCGAGGAUGAUGAUGACAGGUUCAAAAUUAAACCUCAGUUUGAGGGCAGAGCUGGCCAGAAGCUCAUGAAUUUACAGUCGCAGUUUGGAAGUGAUGAAAGAUUCCGAAUGGACUCUCGAUUUCUAGAGAGUGACAGUGAAGAGGAGCAGGAAGAGGUAAAUGAAGAUACAAAUGCAGAGGAAGAUGAGCUUGCUGCGGAAAGAAAGAAAACCCUGAAUGUUGCACAAAGUGUUUUGAACAUCAACUUGAACAAUGCUACAAGCAAAGGAUCAGCACCUGCUAAGAAAUUUAAGGAUGUCAUACGUUAUGACCCAACAAGGCAGGACCAUGCCACUUACGAAAGAAGAAAGGAUGAUAAACCAAAAGAAAGUAAAGCAAAACGAAAGAAGAUAAAGGAGGAAGCUGAGAAGCUGCCUGAGGUAUCUAAAGAAAUGUACUAUAACAUUGCUGCGGAUUUGAAAGAAAUAUUUCAAACUACAAAAGAUCCCAGUGAGAAGGAAGAGGGCACGGCCUGGAAUGAGGACUGUGCUGGAGAGGAGAUCCAUAAUGCUGCUGCUCUGACAAGUGAGGCUGAGCAGGCCAGUGGGUUCACCUUCUCCUUUUUUGAUUCAGAUACUAAAGAUGUAAAGGAAGACACCUAUAGAGUUGAAGCAGUGAAACCUGUGAAGAUUGUCUGUCAGGGAGGCGCCCGUCUCCAGGAUAGCAGUUCAGAAGAGGAUGAUGUCACUGAAGAAGCAGAAUACACAAAGCCCAGUCCUGGAGAAGAAGCAUUUCCUGAAAAAGAGACUACUAGAUUUUUCUUUUUCUCUAAAAAUGAUGAAAGACUUAAUGGUUCUGGCUUAUUCUGGAGUGGUGUAGCAAAUAAUAUCAGCAAGACUUCUUGGGAGGUCCGAACAAAUAACCUGCUCAUGGAUUGUCGGAAGAAACAUAAAGAAGCCAAAAGGAAGAUGAAACCAAAAUAACAAUGUCAGCCUUGGUUUUGAUAUCGAAUAUAAACAUGGCGCACCUCAUCACCUUGGGAAAUUAACCCAGAAAAUAGUCUUAACUAACAAAGGGGAAAUUUCAGAGUAGAAACAUAUUCAAGAUCCAGAUAAUGGUGUAUCAUUCUGGUUGCCUUUUUUUUUCCUGUAUGGAAUCCCUCUGUAUUUCUUCCUAGGUGGCUAUAUACAAAAACUGAACUGAGCCAGGUGCAGUGGCACGCACCUGUAGCCCCAGCACUUGGGAAGCGGAAGUGGAAGGAUCAUUUGAGUUGCCCAAGUUUUCUACCAGCCUGAGCCACAUAGUGAGAUCCUGUCUCAAUCUGUUCGCCCUUCAUACUCAGUAGCCAAUGUGCAUAUUCUGAUGGCUUAUCCAAAACAUUUUUAAAUAAAUGCACUGCUUAAAUAUUUCUAAUUAUACCAAAUACUGUACCUUACCUCCAUUUUGUCCUUUUUGCUUAAAAAUUAGUUAAAAGUCAA